AUGGGGAAGCGACAGCACCAAAAGGACAAGAUGUAUAUUACCUGUACUGAAUACACUCACUUUUAUGGAGGCAAAAAGCCAGAUAUUCCAAAGACAAAUUUUCGUCGUUUACCUUUUGACCACUGCAGUCUCUCUCUACAGCCUUUCAUCUACCCAGUGUGCACUCCAGAAGGUGUCGUCUUUGACUUACUGAGCAUCCUUCCUUGGCUUAAGAAGUACGGAACCAAUCCCAGCAACGGAGAGAAACUAGACAGAAAGUCCCUGAUUGAGCUAAAAUUUGCAAAGAACAAUGAAGGUGAAUACCACUGUCCAGUGCUGUUCACGGUGUUCACCAACAAUAGCCACAUUGUAGCCAUCAGGACAACUGGCAAUGUGUAUGCCUUUGAGGCAGUGGAACAGCUGAACAUCAAGGCAAAGAACUUCCGCGACUUGCUGACAGAUGUGCCGUUCUCCCGGCAGGACAUCAUCACCCUUCAGGAUCCCACCAAUCUGGAUAAAUUUAAUGUCUCCAACUUCUAUCACGUGAAGAACAAUAUGAAGGUGACAGACCCAGAUGAAGAAAAGGCCAAACAAGAUCCGUCUUACUAUCUGAAAAACACAAACACUGAGACCCGGGAGACUCUGCGUGAGCUCUACAAGGAGUUCAAAGGGGAUGAAGUUCUGGCUGCCACCAUGAAGGCCCCUGAGAAGAAGAAGGUGGACAAGCUGAAUGCUGCCCAUUACUCCACUGGGAAAGUCAGUGCAUCCUUCACCUCUACUGCCAUGGUCCCAGAGACGACCCAUGAAGCAGCUGCCAUCGAUGAGGAUGUCCUGAGGUACCAGUUUGUGAAGAAGAAAGGUUAUGUGCGGCUGCACACCAACAAGGGCUGCCUGAACCUGGAGCUGCACUGUGACCUGACUCCAAAGACCUGUGAGAACUUCAUCCGCCUGUGCAAGAAGAACUACUACGAUGGUACCACCUUCCACAGGUCCAUCCGGAACUUUGUGAUCCAAGGAGGUGACCCCACUGGGACUGGCACAGGUGGAGUGUCAUGCUGGGGGAAGCCUUUUCGGGAUGAAUUCCGCCCCAGCCUCUCACACUCAGGCCGGGGGAUCCUCAGCAUGGCCAACUCGGGGCCCAAUAGCAAUAAGUCUCAGUUCUUCAUCACCUUCCGAUCCUGUGCCUACCUUGACAAGAAGCACACCAUCUUUGGGCGGGUCGUUGGGGGCUUUGAUACACUAACAGCCAUGGAGAAUGUGGAGAGUGACCCCAAAACUGACCGCCCUAAGGAAGAGAUCUGCAUACAGUCCACUGUGGUGUUUGUGGACCCCUACAAAGAAGCGGAUGCUCAGAUUGCUGAGGAACGGAAGAAGACACAGCAAAAGGAGGCAGCCCUGGAAACCGAUGGGAAGAUGAGCCAAUCUCAACAAAGGAGCCCAGGACCUCAAGCAUACCGCCAGGGGGUGGGCAAGUACAUUAGCCGAGCAAUCCCGAAGCGGGCCUCAGAAGAUGAGCCAUCCACCAGCACAGCUACCUCCUCAACCAAGAAGAGGCCCAGCCGAGGCUUUGGGGACUUCAGCUCCUGGUAG